AUGCAGACGAACGCUGAUGCGAUUGACGAGCGAUCGCCGCUGCUGCCGAAUCACGUCACUCCGCCGGGAGCAGAGGUCGACGAGGCAGUUUCAUCGACCGUCGGGCCGCCCUUCCAACCCGAACCGGAGAAAACAACGUCCAAGAAGAAGAUUAUCAGCAUCCUGGCCGUGCUGCUCAUCGGCGUUUUGCUGUCCAAUGCCGACGUGUCGAUUGUUCUUGCCACCCAUGCGCUGAUUGCCUCGGAAUUCGAUGACCUUUCCAACUCGAGCUGGAUCUUUGUCAGCUUCGGCCUUGCCUCGACGGCUGCCCAACCUCUGGUUGGCAAGCUGUCGGACCUGUACGGCCGCAAGUCGGUGCUUCUGAUUACUUAUGCCUUGUUUGCUAUUGGCUGUUGCAUCAUUGGCGUCGCGCCGUCAUUGGCUGUCGUAAUCCUGGGCCGCGUACUGUCGGGCAUUGGGAGCGCGGGCAUGAGUGCCUUGGUUUCCAUCAUCAUUACAGACUUGGUGCCUCUCCGCGAUGUUGCAUCUUGGCGCAGCUAUGUCAACAUCAUCACCACCACUGGGAGAAGUUUGGGCGGCCCCGUCGGUGGCUGGUUUGCCGACACCAUUGGCUGGAGAUGGACCUUCUUGGUUCAAGUUCCCCCCAUGGUUGUAGCCUUCGCUCUUGCGUGGCUCCUUGUUCCUCAACACACACAAGCCGCCCCCGCCCCCGACCCCGCCGACGCCCCCAAGGACUGCAAGCCGUCAAACCCGCUCUCGCGGCUUGACAUACUCGGCUCGAUAACUCUGACCGCCGCAAUCCUCCUCCUCAUGUUCCCCCUCGAGCUCGGUGGCCAAAAGAUCCCAUGGUCGCACCCGCUCAUCUUCAGUCUCCUCGGCGCCGCCGUGAUAGCCAGCAUCCUCUUCAUCCUCGCCGAGAAGCAUGCGGCCGAGCCCGUGCUGCCGCUCGACAUCUUCCGCGAGCGCGACUUCAGCAUCACCUUCGUCAUCAUGGCGCUGCAGGUCGCCGCGCAGGGGAGCAUGAUGUUCACCGUCCCGCUCUACUUCCAGAUCACCGACGGCGUCAGCGCCACCAAGGCCGGCGCCCACCUCUUCCCCGCCGUCCUCGGCAACACGGUCAGCCAGCUGGCCAGCGGCGCCUUCAUCGGCCGCACCGGCAGGUACAAGGUGCUGAUCACGCUCGGCACCACGUGCACGUCCGUGUGCUACAUGCUCAUGCUGCUGCGCUGGAGCGGGAACCACACGAACUUGUGGGAGAGCCUAUACGUCAUCCCGGGCGGCUUCGGCACCGGCAUGGCCUCAUCUGCCGUCUUCAUCGCAAUGACCGCCUCCGUCGCCACUCCGUACGUCGCCAUCGCCAGCUCGACCAUGUACCUCUCCGGGAGCAUCGGCAGCCUGGUCGGCCUGGCGUCCAGCGCCGCCGUCCUGCAGACCAUCGUGCACCGCGGGCUGCAGGGAGUCGUGGGCGCCGAUUUCCCGAACCGUGACGAGUUCAUCCGCAGGUGCUUGGAGGAUAUCGGCUUCUUGCAGCACCUGACUGGUGAGAUCAAGGAGAAGAUUGUUGAUGUAUAUGUGCUUGGGUUUCGAGGGGCUUAUGCCAUGUCUCUCGGCUUGUCGGUUGUGGGUACUGUUCUGGGCCUUUUUGUCAGGGAGCGCACGCUUUCUUGA